UGUCCACCAGCAGUACUGGCAGACACAUUCGGUGCGAAAGACGCCACACGGUCGGGUUUUUGUAGGUGUGUACUAGCCGCGUGUAAAACCCGCGACCGGUUCCGGCGCGGCCACCUAUCUCGUGACGAGGUGACGAAGCAACAGCAGCAGCAACAACAACAACAGCAAACGCUGUUUUCCCUCAGCAGUUUUCAGAACGUUCUGUAGCGAGGGCGGCAAUUGACAGCACGGGUUAAGCCCCCUGGCCAGUGAAACAACUUUGCCCUGGGAGUGUAAGAAGGGGAAAAGUGAGAAGUAAAACAUAGAACAGCAAAAUGGCAGAAGUGAUAAUGCGAAAGUAGCUGCGAUCCCCAGAACAGUGGCCAGUGGUAUUUUAUUGCAAUAUUGGACCCGUUUGACCCCGGUCGGUAAAAAAAAGCCUGUUCACGGCGCAGUGACCCGCUUUCCUGGACACUGGCGAUGCACCUCCAGAGGCUUCAAUCUGGUCGCGCGUGGCUAGUGUGGCACUAAAAAAAACAACAACACAACCCGGACAAAUUAUCACCAUCUGUGUGGGUGCCACGGAACGACUUCUUGACACGCCAACAAGCGCCCAACAAUCAACACGACCGGUCCUGGAGAGCCCUCUCCCCGUUUGGGGGAAGGACGGCAGAAUGUCCUCUCAUAGCUCUCGCCACCUUCACCACCACCCAACAGCAACCUGCUCGCUCGCGUUUCAAGUGGUGCCGGAAUUAAACAUCACACCAGCAACACCAGCUCCGGCUCAGCAGCACGUUCGUGGCGUGGCGUCGUGGGUCGCGUAUUAUGCACGCGCUUAAUUGUGUUGCCUAGCUGAGGCUGCGGGGGUUGGCUGUUUCGGGGUUGUGGCCGGGCGUGACGAAAUUAAAAUCACUUUAUUGCUCCAGGCGAUCCUCGGCCGGCCUCCAAGAACGGGAAAGAAUCCCACCGUGGUACGUGCUCAUCCUUAAGCAGUGUGUCCAGUGGGUGUGUGUGUGUGUGUCUCUCUCUCUGUGCCCUACCAAAAGGUGUGCGUGUAGUGACAGUCGCGCAAAUCAAACGUAAAUCAAAGCAAGCGGUGCCAACGUGUCUCGCAGUGGUUUGUGCUGCCGUUGGAAAUGUCAUUCAUAAUUACUUCUUCAAAGACGCACCUAGGCAGGAGGAUGGCCGCAGUGAACGAACCGGUGUGGUGGGAGUGAAACGUGUACUUGUGUGUGUGUAGGUGCGAUGGUUGUACCGUGCCGGUACGAGGACAUUAGAUAACUGCCACAGCUUCCCAAAAAAGUUAGUAAAAUGACGCUCCAACAGUCGUUUGGGGCAUUGCGCUGGCGAUAGCUCGGGAAAGUGUAAAAAGUGAGUGUACGUGUGUGUGCGUGUGCCGUCUCUUCCCUUUUCUGGAACCUUCAACGGGUCGAGUCGGUGCUCUGUGUGUGUGUGUGUGCGAAGGGAGUUGUGUGUACAGGAAGGAUCGUGCUUCAUUUCCUGAUCCUGCACGUGUGGUGCCAGUGUUUGCCUGCCUCAGCAAUGCCGUACCGGUGGGACACGUACGCACUGGUACUGCUGGCGCUGACGGUCAGCUGGAGCGCGCUGCCCCCGGCGACCGGCUGCCCGGCGGAGGUGUGCGUGUGCAAGUGGAAGGGCGGCAAGCAGACGGUGGAGUGUGGUGGCCGCUUCCUAAACCGGCUGCCGGACGGUAUGGAUCCGGGCACGCAGGUGCUCAACUUCUCCGGCAACAGCCUGACGAUACUGCAGAGCGAGCGGUUCCGCAAGAUGGAGCUGAUCAACCUGCAGAAGAUCUACCUGGCCCGCAACCAGCUGGUCAAGAUACACGACCGGGCGUUCCGGGGGCUCACCAAUCUGGUCGAGCUCGACCUGUCCGACAACACGCUGUCGGAGGUGCCGACGGAAACGUUCCAGGACUAUGCGGCCCUGAUGCGGCUGUCGCUGAGCGGCAACCCGAUCCGGGCGCUGCGUGCGAGCGCCUUCAAGCAGCUGUCCUACCUGACGACGCUCGAGCUGAGCAACUGCCAGAUCGAGCUGGUCGAGGACGAAGCGUUCAUCGGGAUGGACAAUCUCGAGUGGCUGCGGCUCGACGGCAACCGGAUCGCGACGAUACGCGGGGCGCACGUGCUGCCCGAGUCGCUGCACGGCAUCAAUCUGCAGAGCAACCGGUGGCACUGCGACUGCCACCUGACGGACGUGUACACCUGGCUGAACAGCUUCAACGUGCCGCAGCGCGAGGAGAUCAAGUGCAGCGGUCCGGCGAGGCUGGCGGGCGAAACGGUCAAGACGCUGACGCUCGACGAUCUCGCCUGUCUGCCGGUGGUGACGCCCGAAACGUCUUACCGCGAGAUUGCCGAGGGGCGUAACAUCUCGCUCGACUGCCGGAUAGUGGCAACGCCCGAGCCGACGGUGGCGUGGCUGUUCCAGGGCCAGGUGCUGCUGAACGAUAGCUUCCUGUCGCCCAACCUGCACCUGUACUACUUCGUCGACGAGCUGGAUGGGGCGAAGCAUAGUGAGCUGUUCAUCUACAACAUCAACGCGGACGACAACGGGACGUACUCGUGCGUGGCGGAAAACUCGGCCGGCCGCGUGCAGACCAACUACACGCUGCACGUGAUCGUGAAGGAGGAGCCGGUGGUCGAGCAGGUCACGUUUUCCGAGGAGUACUUCCUGGCGAUCGUGGCGGCGAGUGCAGCGACAGCCGUGCUGCUCGCCCUGCUCUGCUGCAUCGUCGCCUGCAAGUGUGCCCGAGCGCGUCGCGCAUCGGGCAGUGGCGCGAAGAAGCCGCGCGGCGCCAAGGGUGCCACUGCCGAUGGGUUGGGUGGGGUACCGGCCGGCCAGCAAAAGUGUGCCUCGAUUACGCACGACCUCGGGGAGCCGCUGACGGCGGGCAAGCUGAACGGUGCGCUCGGGCUGGGCGACGGCAGCAACCCGCAGGACAUCGUGCUCUACCUGAACGCGAACCCGAACGGGCUGGACAAGGCGGCGCUGAACAACAUGACGGCGAUGGCGCAGUUCUGCAGCCCACCGUCGGCCCGCAGCUACCAGGACCAGAACCCGGACCUGAUCAACGAUGCGGAGAGUGGGCAGCACAAGGCGCGGCCCCGACCGGACGCGAUCGAUUCGGACCUGGGCGAGAAGGACUCGGACGAGCAGAGCAGUGUGCAGGACGGUGGCAGUGAGGUUAGCUUCCAGCAGCAGCAGCAGCACCAGCAGCAGCAGCAACAGCAGCAAGGUCAGGGACAGGGUCCCUACUAUCCACCGAUGGUGUUGCGGGGUCCGCGCUUCGCCUCCUCCGCGCUCUCCACCUUGCCGCGCGGUGGAACGGCAUCGCUCGGCGGGAAGGACCUGUCCGCCUACCAGCAUCAGGUGGACAUUCAUCUCAGUCCGGGCUGCUUCCUCGACCAGAACGGCUACCCGGUCGAUCUGAGCCUGAUGGCGGCCCCGAGCGGGCCACCGGUUAACUACUACCGCACGUUACCGCACAAAAAGCACCAGCAGCAGUUGCAGCAGCAGCAGCAGCAGCCGGGUGGCCCCGGGAAGCCCAUCGCGCGGUACGCGAACGAUGCCGAGUUUAUUAACCGCACACAAUCACCAGCCGCCUAUCAGAUGUACGCCCCGACCGACGUGCGGUACACGGCCGAGGGCUACCCGCAGCACGAGCACGGCCAGUUCCCUUCCCCGCCGGAUGGCUACAAGGGCGAGGUGCACCCGGUGGCCUACAUGAGCUCGGCGGCGGCUGCGUCGGCCGGCUUCUGCGUGGGGCCGGCGCCUGGGCCGCCCCAGCAGUGGCCCACCUUUCUGCCCGGGUUCCAUCCGCAGCUCAUCCCCAUCAUGGCACCGGCCGGCGGUGCCCUGCUAGCCUCUCCCAUGAUGCCAUCCCCCAGCGGUCAGCAGCAGCAGCAACUGUUGAGCAGUCCACAGACGCAGCCGGGCAGUGCGCUGAAAAAGUGUUCGGUGGGUGCGCAAACGUCCGAGCUGGACAAGGACGUCAUACCGGAGCAGCGCGAGGAGGAGGAAGAGGAGGAGGACGAGCAGGACGGGGGUGGAGGCGGUAGUACGGUGAAGCUGCGGCAUCUGACUGGCCCGCUGGCGGACAGCCCGGACGAAGGGUACGUCGGCGACAGUCACGAGACGAGCGACAUUUGACAGCAACCCAUGCACGACCCGGGCCUGCUGCAGCACCAUCACCAUCAGCAGCAGCAGCAGCAGCACCGGCACCCGCAGCAUCAGCUCGAAUCGGACGAUGUGCCGUUAUAAGACUAGCGGUGGGCGGUAAGGUCCCGUGCCGUGCGGGUUUUAGUGUUUUUUGUACAUUUGUAGCAUAACGUAGAACGCCACUUAGAACGUGUAAGCGGGGGGAAAACUGAUCGGAAAAACCGUGCUAGGGUGUUUACACAACGAGCGAGCGGUUCAAUUGUGUGCUGCCGUGUUUGUUUGUGUGCAGUAAGCAAGUACGGGGUAAGUGAAUCAUAGCCUAGGUUUAGAAUGGAAACAAUUCUGCACUAAAACAUUGCUCCUUUGCUUCCAAUCGUUUUGGUUCAAAGAAAUAAGUAGUUUUGUUGUAAAAUUGGCAACUAUCUUGAAGUUUUCAGUUUUUGUAUCAUAACCAGUCAUUAUUGGCAGCUUAAAAUGAUAUUUAUUUCAAGGGAAAAGGAAAACAUUAUUUCAAACAGGAUUUAGAUUGAACAUACCACUAUUCAUAAAAGAUUUGAAUUGAUUUAUAAUUUGAGAAGAAUCAUUAAGAUAAUUGUAAUAAUUUGAAUAUCUUCAAUUGAUUAUGAUGGCGUUAAAUUCUUCGAAAAGAUUACAUUGUUAACAAUAGUUUUACAGAACGUUUAAACAGAACAUUGAUAUGUAUCUUCAUACAUUUCACAACUCGUCUUUUCCUGUAUUUUUUGUUAUUUUCUUGUCAUUUCAUUAUGGUUUAAAAUAGUAAUUUCCAUUGUGUUUUACCUUGUUAUGUACUUAUCUGCAAAAGUUUUUACAAACUUUUUUAAAUAAACCGAUUCUGAAUGUCUUUUAAACAUUCUCGCUAGAUGAAAUCGUUUCUUCAGCAUACACUUUAGAUCAUUUCUUCAGGUUUCAUGCCGUCUAGUGAUUCGAUAAAGCAGCUACUUGUUGUGCGGACAAGGGAAUACAGUUGAAACGUUGAAAGAGCGAAAAGAUCCUAUAGGUUAUGAGCAUUACGUAAAGAGAUGAAGAAUUUCUUUUCAAAGUAGCGAACAUUAAGUGCGAAAUUACUACAAACAGCAACAUCCUCGUACUUUUAUUUCAGUUCAUAGUUUUCAGCAUUAUUUUCCAAUCAGUAGCCCUUACUAUUUUCUAAUCUACUAUUUUCCGACACAAACAACCAGUUAAAGCGCAAAGAAACAGCAACAAAAAAAGUACAUUAAUUCAAGUAAACGAGCGCAAACCGUAAAUAGAAGUUGAAAUUGAUUGAAAGUAGUAAUGUUUGCGGAAAGCGAAAGCGUGUCACUUUGGAUGUUGAAUAUUCUAAAACUAAAGGCUCAAACAAUGUGUAAAUUGACCCCAGAAACUCCUGAAAUCGAACCUCCUCUUCUUAGGCCCGUAAAAAUACGGAAUUUAGCCUUCAGCUUCCUCAAAAGAAAACUACCAAAAAAGAGUCGAAUAAACGAAUGCAAAAAUGAAACAAUGAACAGACCCGUUGUGAUGGUUUUGCUUUAUUUUCCUCCUCUCCCCCUUUGCCGUUUGAAGCAUGCGCCCGGAGCUUGCGAUUAGAGAAUGGAACGGAAAUGAACGAGCUAAAAAACGAGCUCCCAGAACGAAAACAAAAACAUGUAAACCCAAAAUUACGUUAACAGUGCCACGGUUCCGGUUGCAGCAAGCACUAAACUGUACAGAGGUGUAAAACGUGUGCAUGGGUAUGUGUAUGUAUGUGAACGAAUGUAUAAAAUGGUUGACGUUGAUAUCGCACCGACGAGCUGCAGCGCAAAACGCAAACUGUGAGUGUCUUCGGUGUGAGUGUGCGUGCGUGCGCGAGGAAAAAUUUAACUGUAGCCGACAGCAUUGUUAUACCAUUUCGCCCUCCUCCCCAUGGCUGCUGUGCCCGUUCGGGCGUGAGUGAUAGAAUGUCCAACAUCAUGGCCUGUAUGUGUGUGUGUGUGUUUGCGUGUUCGAAAAAGUCAUGAGCGAUUUCAAAAGGGAGGAAAAAAAAAUAACAAAAAAAUAGGAAAUGCAAAUUACCGCCAUAAUAGUUUGGAAAAUGAAAUUAGGAGCAAAAAAAACGGAAAGAGAUGCACCACGUAUGAGGUCGGUGCAUUUGGGCGGUCGAUUUAACGCCACCCCCUAUGUGCGGGAUGAAAUGGUAAGCAUGCGUAAUCGAUUAAUAGAUGCAUUAAGGGGUAAUUGUAAAUAAAACGGAGAGCGUGGUGGAGGUGAAAAUGGAUUGUAGAUAAGCCGCUGGAAAUGGACGCAACAGCAGUAGCAAAAAGUCGCAACACGCGAGCUAGAUUGUGCCUCACUGGGUACUGGGAGGGUACGGAGAAAAUGUGGAAAAGUGCAGUAGGAAAAGUUAAAAUACUAUGUGACUCGUGAAAAUGUUACCUAAAUGGCAUCAGUCAGCUUCAAAGGGUUGAUUGUUCCUUUUUAUAUCCUUCACGGAUUAAUUUCAGCGUCGGAGCGAAAUAGGAAAGCGUUUUAUAGCAGGAAAUGUUGUGUGUUUAGUACAUACAUUACUUUACUCACGCUAUGUUAUCAGUGAUUGCUUGAAAAGCAAUCAAGUAGUAAGCAAAAGUGCAACAAAAUGCUUCUAAACUCGAAACUUUUUAUCCAUAGCGCUUAUGGCAUAUGGCGCAUUCCGUUUGGAACAUGUUUUAACACUAGUCGCAACAGUGCAUCGAGGAAAAAACGCCAUUAAAGCUACGUUCCGAUGAGGAUUUUUAUGCGUUAUUACAAAUUAAACCCUUUGCUACCUUGUGUUAGCCAGAACAGAGGCUCAAUAUGUUUUCCGUACACCUAUGUACGAGAGAAGGGAAUGUUUUCCUAUUAUUUAAUUAAAGCCAUAUUGCAUAAACACUACUCGCAAACAAGGGGCUAGAAUUGCAUUACCAUUAUUAUAAAUUCCUUCUGAGUGCGUUUGUGGAGUGUGGCGUGGACGCUUUUCCGCUGCACAGCUAAUCGGAAAAUGCAUUGGCACUAGGAACGGGAGGCGGUAAAUCGAAACACUUUUUAAUGCGAUUUAGCGAUUUGUUUGCAUUUCCAUUGCGGACAAACAGAGUGGCUGGCUGUGGAGGUGGUUGGACCGACAAAAAACAAAGCGUUGUGAAACAUACAAACAGACAUAUUUAAGUUAUCCUUCCAGUGAUUGAUUCCGAUGUUUCACGCAAUGGUUGAACAAGCUUAUUUGAGUAUUUAAGGAUAAGCGCUCAUAAUUGUGCAGGUGUUAUCGGAAAGUGUUACAAACAUUGAUCAAAUAUCGAUUUGAUUGCAUUGGAUGCAUGAGCCUAUUAGCAGUCCGGUACACAUGUACACACACUUCCAGUCCAGGGCUUUCCAUGUGGGAUGUGUGUUUGAUAAAAUUGUUAAAAUCAUAUUUUAAUUUAUCAACGCUUCGGUUCGCUUCACUCGAUAUGCAAUCUGCAUCCGUUUAGGCAGUGGGCAGCGAUGGGCGUUGUUUUUUGUGUGUGCAUGAUGCACGCAAUGCACCGUCGCACGCUCGAGCUGAAGCAUCUCCAUAAUUGCAUCAAGCGGCGUGAAUGUCAUUAACGGCCGGACCGGCUGCCAAUAAUUAACGCGUGUGCUUUUAGCUGAUUUAUUGCACUAAUUCCAGCGCAAAUAGGAUUGCUGCUACCUCCCAUUUUCCAGCCGGCGCUGUUUAGAUACACAAACACAUUGCUGUGUGUAAUCAGUUGCAGAGAACGAUUUUCAUUGCACAUUGAAUGCACACACACACUCAUCCACACGAUUGGAGGUGGGUAUUUAGAUAAUGUGUAAGCAAUAAAAUGUUGUGCACAAUACAAUGUUUGCUUCCUUCCUUCGUUGUGUCAAUGGUACGUAAAAAAAAUAACUUAAAAUCAAUGGUUUGACCGGUCCAAAAGCGCGCGAUUGUUUGAUGUUUGUGGGAGUGGGGCAACAGAUAAAUUUUCGGUUUAAUUGCCACUAAAAGCACUUGCACAACAUAAGAAAAGCCAAACAUAACGUGCGGUCGUGCCGCAGGCCGCUUCUGCCGGUCUGCUUUGCUGUCCAUCAGAAAACACAUUUCUCUCGGCAUAACACUCGUUGGGGCACACAAAACAAACACAAACCAAAUGGCCAAUUGCCAUAAAAUGCUUAUUUCUUGCACUGCCUGGUUUUUGUUGCCUUCUUUCCUGCCCUGUUCUGUCCUGCAUGUUUCAACCCGGCCGAAAUACACUCCACAGUGGAGCGGCGGCCGGCGCUCGACAGUUGUUAGCUGCAGAUACGCAAUUGCUUUUCUGCAAAUGCGCACUUACCCCGGGAAAACGCAUAAAACAUGGCAAAACAUUCAGCAUUCUACGGUGUGUCCGGGGUAAGAAAUCAGGCCCGGGCCUUUCGUUUUUUGCCUUUUUUUUUCCUCUUCGCUGUGACGCAAGCCAAGUGGGAAGGAAAAACGGAUGGACUAACAUACAAACCAAGCUGUUCACACAUGCUGUUGAUUUGUGCGUUUCCAGGGAGCUUUUUCGGUGGGAUAUAAACCGAAAAGAGCACACCGGGCCCGAUUAGAGCGGCAGUGGCUGGGCUGUAAACGAAGCAGCGACAUGGGGAGGAAAAAACGGUAAACCAUCGGGUAGGAAAAAUAUAUUAUUAGGACGGGGAAAAUACACGCACACACACGCAACGUUCGACCAUGGCCGAACGAGAAAUAUGGGCUUUUGGAAUGCUUCUCAAAUUGGCAGCAUUUAUGUGUGAAUGAUUACACCGGCUUAGGGUCUUCGGUGCCGGGCAGGACCAAGUCGGUAAGAAAGCGGCAAGACGAAGGUGUACACGGUGGCUCCCCAUAAAGGCGUACCGAGCGUAAACGAAAAAUGUACGGCCCCGUUUAUGGCUGAUUGCGAAAGCCUGAUUGCGAUCCUUUUUUUUUCGAUGUUGGGCAACACAAAACUUACGGCCCACUUAAGGCACACACACACACACAGAGCACAUGCGUGCACAAAAACACACACACGCUGGGAUGCGUUCGACCUCGGAUUUGUUUCCUUCUUCAAACUCACUGCUGAUUAUUAUUCUGACCGAAAUUAUGAGCAAUUGACCUCGAAGACGGCAAGCAGUCUGUGGUAGUCGAAUAAAACCGAACAACCCCUGCACCCCAAACCCCCCCGGGUCCGUGUGGCAUAAUCUAUAGCAAAAAAAAAGAUAAUCGGUUGGCACACUUGAUUCAGCGUCGAUAAGCGUGGAUAGAAUGAUCAUCGGUAACGAUAACGAUAGCCGUUGAUAAUGGCGAUGAUAUAAAGUAAGCGAAACGCUACAAAACAAAACAAAAAAUAAACAAAAACAGAAAACAAACCCCAAACCGUACUCACGCACACAUGCACACCGGGCUGUAAAGAUGAGGCGCGUGCGCACCAACCCCUUGCUGUUAAUAUAUUUGGUAAUAAAGUAAAUGCGUGGGUAAGGAGGAAAUAAAACUGAGCAAGACGGCAGAAGCAACACAGAAACUAUAAACGUGAAAUCCUGUCCUCCGCGGCAGCUGGUAAUCAAACGCAAUUCCAAAUUAGCUAUCAAACGGCUAUCGAAUUCGUUGCACAGCAACAAAGCGAAAGAAAGAAGAAGAAAAAAAAACACUCACCCAUUUAGAAGAGCAUAUAUAAAUCAAGAAGAAAAUGAAACGAUACUUCCGAUGCCGAUGGGAAAACUAGAGUUUCAAUCGUGUAGGAAAAAAAGAAGAGAAAAAACGAUAGAGUGAAUCAAUAAGCGAAAAAGGUUAUGAAAACUUCACCAACGUAAAAAAAAAGAUACAUACGGAGAAGUAAAAUUAAGAGAAGCAAAAACACUAACCCUAAUGACAAACAAAGCCAUGGAAGCUGUAAAGAGAGGCAGAGCGAUGGUAAAUGGUGAUGGAGGUAAUAGAUAUACAGCAGAAGAAGAAAAAACAAAAACAAAAUAAAGACGAAAAACAAAGAAAGCAGCAUAUAGGAAAUAGAAUCAACAAAAAAGAAACGACAGCGAAACGAUGAUAACAACAAACAUUGAAGUAGAAAAAAAAGAAGAAAACACAAAGAAACUAGCAUGCGUGUGCGGGCAGAUGACUGCAGGAAAAGGGAGAACGGAAAAUAAAGCAUAAAGAAAACUGCAGUAAGAAGCGAAAGAUAAAAUUGAACACAAAUUAUAAAUAGGUUAUAAAACAAAGGUAAUUUUUAUUGAGGGAAGAAAAAGGAAACACAAAAAAAACUGGAAACAAAAUAUACAUAAAAAAAUACUGUUUUA